CCGUCCCCUCCCGCCAUGUUGGGCUGCUCCCAGCGGCGCCGGCCGCCAGGGGGCGCGGGGCUCCUCCGGCACCGCCAGGCCCGGCUCGGCACCGCCUCCCAGCUCCGCAAGAUGGUGGCCGGGCCGCCCCCCUCUGCCGCCGAGGCCUACCGCCCCAACAGCUUCGUCUCGCUGCCGGCCGAGCUCGACCCCAACACCUACGAUGCGUCUCCGGAGAAGCGCCGUGCCGAAGCCGAGCGUUUGGCCAUCCGCGCCCGGCUCAAGCGGCAGUACCAGCUGCAGCUCAACAACCCCAACCCACCCGCCGUCAUCGAAGAUCCUGCCUUGGUCCGCUGGGCCCACGCUAGGACGCUGAACGUCUACCCUACUUUCCGCCCGACACCUAAGACGUCCCUUCUAGGGGCUCUCUGUGCUCUAGGCCCUCUCCUCUUCUGGGGUUUUGUCUUCAAAGUUGACAGGGAUCGUAGAGAGAAGCUUAUCCAAGAGGGGAAAUACGAGUGGCCAUUCAGUGUGUUUUAAGUACCUGGAAUGUCGGUGCUGUUCAUGGGAUAUAAAUAAAAUCAGAUGUAUCAUGUGUUGACGUUUCUUGUUCAUAAGAAUAAAUCUUAAUUGCCCUUC